AUGAUGAUAAUUUUAUUUUUUAUAUUGUUGAUAUCUGGAAUUGAUGGGAUCGUCAAUAGUGAUGAGGAUUGUGAAACUCUAAUGUCGGAAGUUCAUAUAACAAAAGAUGAGUAUGACAACAGUGGAGGACUCAUUAGAACCUGUAGUGACGAUGUGUCUGUUACUAAAUGUGAAGGAUAUUGCAAUUCACAAAUUCAACCGAGUGUUAUUUCAUCAACGGGGUUUGUAAAGGAAUGUUACUGCUGCCGUGAAAGUUACUUUAAAGAAAAAGUUGUGAAGCUUAAUCAUUGCUACAACUCAGACGGGGAAAAAAUGGAGACAGAAAAAUACGCGACUAUGGAAAUAAAACUUCGAGAGCCACAUGAUUGUAAAUGCUACAAGUGUGUCGAUGAAUGUCAAGUCACACCAGUUAUUCAUUUACUCCGAUAUCAAGGAUGUUUACCAAAACCCAUACCAAGUUUUGCCUGCACUGGACGAUGUAGCAGCUACUUGCAAGUUUCAGGCUCGAAAAUUUGGCAAAUGGAGCGAAGCUGUAUGUGUUGUCAAGAAAGUGGCGAGCGUGAAGCCACAGUGGCCCUCUAUUGUCCAGAAGCAAAACCCGGAGAGCGAACAUUUAGAAAGAUAAAAACAAAAGCACCACUAGAAUGUAUGUGUCGUCCAUGUACAGGUGUAGAAGAAUAUUCAAUAAUACCACAAGAAAUAGCCGGCUUGGAUCAAGAUAACUUUUUAUCUUCUUCCGACCACUUUUUGCGAUCAACAGAUCUUGAUUAAAAAUCAUCACGAUAUUAUUAAACAGUUAAGAUAAAAGACCUAAUAUCCGAUCAGGGAACUAAUAGCCGAUCACUCAACUAGUUCUCAAUUACUUCAUGUAUUUGUAUAUCUAUUUUUAGUAUACAUAAAUAUACAAAUACCUGAAUGGCCGGGUACUAGUUUCUUGAUUGGGUACUAGUUUCCUUAUCAGGUACUAAUUCCUAGAUCAGGCACUAGUUCUCUGAUUAGGUACGAGUUCUUUGAUUGGAUACUGGAUUUUUUAUCUUACAGACUAGAGGAUUUGAAAUAAAAAAAUUAAUUUUGGUGAUAAGAAAAAAAAAAAAUAAUAAAAUAAAAUAAUUGUCAGUCUGGCAUUAAUUUUUUAUUAAUCAUUAUUUUUCCUGAUGUUAUAGAAUGUUUUAAUCAUAACAUACUUAUGACUUACGUUGGUAAUGAUGGUGUUAUUAAUGUGUAUCAUUUUAUUUUGUUCGCUGAUAUAUGUAUGUAAUUAUGCUCAUAUACAUAUGCACAUAGAGCGAGCAGUACGCGACAUGUAAUAAUAAAAUAAUAGU